CGCGGCGCGCAUGCGCUGUUCUGGGCCACUGCUGCCUUCCGGCCGGAAGGAGCGGUGCUGGAGGGGGAAGGUUGAUUCAUCGUAGUGCUGUCAUGGCGGCCGGGGGCUGGGUCCGCGCCACCGCCGGGUCCGCACUCUUCCUGCUCCUCCUCUGCGCCGCCGCGGGCCCCGCGCAGUGCUGGAACCAGCCGGGGAGGGUUCUGCUGAGGGAGGUCCAGGCGCUCACCCUCCACAGAGGUCAGUACACGGCGUCCCGGCGGACAGCUGCUGUCCCGCAGUUGCAGUGCACGGGAGGCACUGCUGGAUGCUCUCCCGUCCCCGAGGUUGUCCAGUGUUACAACAAAGGCUGGGAUGGCUAUGAUGUACAGUGGCAUUGUAAAGCAGACUUGGAAAACAGCUAUCGUUUCGGACAAAUAGAAGUGAGCUGUGAAGGCUAUGAUUAUCCAGAUGAUCCUUACAUCUUAAGAGGAUCCUGUAGUUUGCUGUUCAGGCUAGAGCUGACUGAGGAAGGUGAAAGGAAGGCAAAGAACUCUGGAAGCUUUGGCUCUGGCUAUUAUCAGUCAAGGAAGGAUUCUUCUGAUUCUGGUCCCGGAGUGAUUGUUGUAAUUGUUCUUCUGAUUCUUGCUUAUGGAGUUUACAAGCUCUUCCUCAGUAACCAGCAGCCUCAACAGAGUUUUGGUGAUGGAUUCUCUAGGCCGUCCUGGCAGAGUCAGCAGGCGGCUCCUCCUCCUCCUGGUUUUAAAUCCAGCUUCACAGAACCUGACAGCUUUGGGACUCAUUCCAGUCAUGGAACCAAUUCAGGACCAGGCUUUUGGACUGGAUUAGGAGCAGGAGGCUUGCUAGGCUACUUGGCUGGCAGUCACAGAGCGCAGUCACGUUCCCCAUAUUUCAGUACAUGGACAGAUCAUACGGCUGUACCUCCGAUGUAUGGACAGUCAAGCAAUUCCACACAAGCUAGCAGUUCAGGAACAAGAACUGCUUCUGGCUUUGGUGGCACAAAACGAAGAUGAAAUCCUUGGCGUUAUUGCAUCUCAGCAGUUGAACCAAACCUUCUUCAUGUGUGCUAGCACCUUUUUUAUUAGCAGUAGGCUUUGGGAGUGAAUGAGGAGAGAAGGACUGGGCAAAUAGUUCUUUUUCCCUGUGGAAAUGUGGACUCUCGUUCUUGUUCAGGGUAUUGCAGGUACUGAAACAUCCACUAUUUCACAGAAACAGCUUCUCAUAAGAUAAAAAAUCAUAAGAUACAAAAUAAACUCUUUCAAGUUAAAAGAAUGUUACAGUUGCCUGUACUUGACUGAUGAUGUCAUUGGUAGCCUUAGCAGAUUUUCAAAGGUUGCUCAUACUCUGGGGUAAACUUCAUUUAAUCCAGAAUUUCUGUGUAUUUGGGUUGAUUUUUGUUUUGUUUUGUUUUUCUUUGUGAUCCAGCAUCUGGAAGGCCUAGUAUCCACCUGAUAUCUAAGGGGUACCACCUCUUUUUGCUCGCCUUUGUAAAAUUAGUUGAACAUUACUGUAAAUGCAAUCAGCUGAUCAGAUAGGUGUUGGGGUUUUACUUUAGUGGAGAGGAGGGCAAAGCUGUAGAAACUAACAGUAAUGUUUUUCUCUGUGCUGUGUGACACCUGGAGACAAAAAAUUUGCAGAUUUGAAGAUGUCCUUGUUCUAGGCUUUAUCCAAGUGGCCAUACAAACUUGGGGGUUUUAGUCAUUCUUUUUGUAAUUAUUAAACAAUCUGAAUUGAAACAAGAUAAUGCUUGUGUAAUCUAGACCCUUUUCUAGAAGAGAGAGGUCCCCUAAGUUAAGGUGGUUGUAGGCACUUUAUCCGCAUUAAGAUCCUAGACAUGUUUUUACUGUGAAUGUUAGCAAUGCUGUGAAAAAUUCAGAUGUGAACUGGCUUAUAUCUCAGCUCCUGUUCUUCCUGCAAGACCCACCUGUUCAGGACAGAGUAAACCAAAGGUGCUUAUUACAAAUGGAAAGGGAGAAUUCUUAUUGCAAAGCUGGUAGUAUCUCUAGAACAUAGCAGACUGUAAGACUAAGCAAAGAAAGGAGCCCAAUGUCUAAUGGGACACAAACUUUUGAGAAUGCCAUUUUUUUUUUUUAAGUGCUGUCAAAGAGUGAAAGGGACGCUUUCAGUAAGAGAGGCCUUGCUUUGUUCUGUAGUGAUAUUUUUGGACUCUGAGAAGUAUCAUAGUCCUUGUGUAAUUGGCUGUGUCCUGGGAGAGGAAUAAGAAUUGUUGAAAAAACAAAGUGACAUUUCUCAUGAUUUUGUAGGGAAAAUGUGAAUAAUGAGCUGCUUGACUAGGCAUUCUCCAGAAGCCAUACCUUUAUGCUAAUGCAGCUUAGAAGCAUCUGUGUGUACAGCUUUCCUGUGCUGGCUGCAGUCAGAAGGAAGGCAUAGCUUUCACCCUUGUGAAAAUGCUAUGUAGGGAGCUAAACUGUUCCAGCAAAAGCGAAGCACUCUUGCUGGUAUAAGCUGCAUCUCCACAAGGAAGUUUAGCAGGUAUGGUUAGUCUAGGAAGAUGACUUCAGUGUUACUCAUCCAAAAAGUAACUGUGUCUGUUCAUGAGCACAAAAAUAGUUGGCUAGAAUGUUUAUGCCUGAGUUCAGUAUCUGGCUUAGGCAGCAAGAAAUGUAUAGAAAUCUUUAAGAAGUCAACAAAAGCUACUAAAGAGUAUAGAGCUUGUGCUGAAAAAGUGAAAUCUUGAUGCAGUUGAUAAAUCACUAUUUUUAAUCAUGAAGUUAUCAUUUGAGAGGUGCGUGUGUUUAAUGUUGGAGGCCGGCUGCUCAGAGCAGCUUGAGGAUCAUGUGGUUGGAGGAAAAUACGGGCAAUCCAGUGUGACUAACAGCUUGCUCCAACAACCCAGAAAGUCAGGAAAAAGUGAAGACCUUACCUUUGGCCAAUUAGAAUGUCUUACUUGCUAUGGGGAGAAGUAUACGGUAAAUCUUUUAUCUUUUUGGCCAAGUAUAGCAAAGUAACCUAUUUUAAAUGUGCAGUUUUUACUUACUUGUAAGUGUAUUCAGGCUGAAACUUGUAACAGUACUCUAUGCACCAACUAAUUACUUAACAAUGACACUGGAUUUUUACUGUUUGUUUGAGUAGAGUUUGAUGCUGGAGCUGGAUCUGAAAUUAUGAUGUGCUAUAACAUGUUUUAGAUGUUUUCAUUUGUAUUUAUAUUUCCUGUAUUGAAUCUGUUAUGAGGCAUAAACCUGAUGACUUACUGUAGCCUCUGUACUCUGCUGAAUCUGUUUAAAGGAUGUUUUUGUCCUUCCCUUUGAUAAAGUAAUAAAAAAGUCAGCAUGGGGUA